AUGAAAUUGGCUUCAAGUAUUCACACCAACUCGAUCCAAAUUCACUGCAGCUUCCACUUGAAUCUGCUCAAGCCCUCGUCAAUCGCGUCUCUCAAGAACGUCCCAGCAAGAUUCAAUCUUCGCAACUCCUUGCGAAGAACCCCAAAUGCGCAUACUUUUCCGACAAUCACUUGUGCCAGAAGGGCUGAGCGUGGGGCGUGGGAAGCCUCAACUUCACAAAACGAUGACAAGGGCGAGUUUAUUUUUACUGGAAAAUCAAAUGAAGCAUCGAGAUUUCAGUCGCCCGAAGGCACUGAUGGCGAUUUGCGCUCAUGUGAUGAUACUUCUGAUGAAGUUCUUGGGGAGAUUGCCUCAACGAGUGCAGAUUAUGCUAAUUGCCUUAGAACCGUAGGCUUAUGUGUGUUCUCUGCUGUGGCAUUUGGUGUGGGUUUGGGUUUGAAAGAUGGGAUUGGCAAGGCAUCCGAGUUUUUUGCCGGGUACCUACUGGAGCAGAGUUUAUCUGUGGACAAUCUGUUUGUAUUUGUCUUAAUAUUCAAGUACUUCAAAGUGCCACUCAGUUAUCAGAAUCGGGUGCUUUCUUAUGGUAUUGCUGGUGCAGUAGUCUUUCGGUUAUCGAUAAUACUUCUUGGAACAGCAACACUUCAGAGAUUUGAGGCGGUUAACCUAUUGCUGGCGACAGUUUUACUAUACUCAUCGUUCAAGUUAUUUUCUGCAGAUGAUGAAGAUAAUGACCUCUCGAAUAAUUUCAUUGUAAAGACAUGUCAAAAGUUCAUCCCUGUAACUUCUAACUAUGAUGGAGAUCGGUUUAUAACUAUUCAAGAUGGUGUGUGGAAAGCAACUCCAUUGCUUCUUACAGUAGCAGUUAUUGAACUCAGCGACAUUGCAUUUGCUGUAGAUUCCAUACCGGCAGUUUUUGGUGUCACGCGGGAUCCUUUCAUAGUAUUUUCAUCUAAUCUCUUUGCCAUUUUAGGUUUAAGAUCAUAUUACACACUUAUUUCGGAAAGCAUGGCAGAUUUGGAGUAUUUGCAACCGGCCAUUGGGAUUGUUCUUGGAUUUAUCGGGUGUAAGAUGAUAUUCGAUUUCUUCGGUUUCCAUGUAUCAACUGAGGUUUCACUUGGAUUGGUAGCAACUUCUCUGAUAAGUGGGGUAUUGCUGAGUUUAGUGAAAAAGACUGAUUGACUCUCUCUCUCUCUUUCUCUCUCUCCAUGUUUG